AUGCCUGUGAUGAAGGGCCUCCUUGCUCCACAAAACACCUUCUUGGACACCAUCGCAAACCACUUCGACGGCACUCACAGUAACUUCCUACUGGGGAAUGCUCAGGGUCGUCAUGGUCACCCCAUCGUGUACUGCUCUGACGGGUUUUGUGAGCUGACCGGCUUUGUUCGGACUGAGGUGAUGCAGAAAACUUGCACCUGCCGCUUCCUUCAUGGAGCAGAGACCAAUGAGAGUGUGAUCCAACAGGUAGAUAAAGCUCUGGAGGGCCAGCAGGAGUACCAGGGAGAGGUCUGCUUCUAUAGGAAAAACGGAAAUCAAUUUUGGUGCCUCCUGGAUAUUGUGCCAAUUAAAAAUGAGAAAGGUGAGAUGGUGCUGUUCCUCUUAUCCUUCAAAGAUGUCAGUGAAUCCUACGGGAAAAGACAUCACUACAGCCAAGGAGACGGUGAGGCCACAGGUAUGUCAGAGGAAGCUCAGCAGAGUAGGAAAAGCAAUCGAUCGCACUUUUCCCAAGCUCGAGAGAGGGGGAGGACUAUUCUGCAGCACCUUACCAACCUGUUCUCUAAGAGGGGCAAUAGGAAACUGACCAAAAGUGUGUUUCAGAAACCGUCUCUGCCCGAGUACAAGGUGGCAGCUGUGAAGAAGUCCCGUUUCAUCCUGCUGCACUACAGCGUGUCCAAGGCCUUGUGGGACUGGCUCAUUCUGCUGGCCACCUUCUACGUGGCUGUGGCUGUGCCUUACGACAUCUGCUUUGUGAGCCACGAUGAGGGCAGCGACUACCACUCGCUUGUCAGCCGCAGCACUAUGGGCAGUGACAUAGCAGUGGAGAUGCUCUUUAUUCUUGACAUAAUCCUAAAUUUUCGUACAACCUAUGUGAGUCAGUCAGGUCAGGUAGUGUACGACGCCCGCUCCAUCUUCCUCCAUUACUGCACCACUUGGUUCUUUGUGGAUCUGAUCGCGGCGUUGCCCUUUGACCUUCUCUAUGCUUUCAACAUCACAGUGACCUCGCUGGUGCACUUGUUGAAGACGGUUCGUCUGCUGCGUCUGCUGCGCCUGUUACAGAAGCUGGAUCGCUACUCCCAGUACAGCGCUGUGGUCCUGACCCUGCUCAUGUCUGUGUUUGCUCUGCUGGCUCACUGGAUGGCUUGUGUCUGGUACAUCAUCGGACGUAAGGAGAUAGAAAGCAGUAACCCUGUGACCUGGGAAAUAGGCUGGCUUCAGGAGUUGGGAAAGCGUUUGGAGACACCAUACAUCAACCGCACCGUGGGUGGUCCCUCUAUCCCUAGCGCCUACAUCGCCUCUCUCUACUUCACCCUGAGUAGCCUCACCAGCGUCGGAUUUGGCAACGUGUGUGCCAAUACGGAUGCUGAGAAGAUCUUCUCCAUCUGCAUUAUGCUCAUGGGUGCCCUGAUGCAUGCAGUGGUCUUCGGCAAUGUGACAGCCAUCAUCCAGCGCAUGUACUCACGGCGCUCUCUCUACCACACCCGAAUGAAAGAUCUCAAGGACUUCAACCGUGUGCAUCGGCUGCCUCAACUGCUGAAGCAGAGGAUGCUGGAGUACUUUCAGGCAACUUGGUCCGUCAACAAUGGCAUCAAUGCCAAUGAGCUGCUGCAUGACUUCCCAGAUGAGCUGCGAGCUGACAUUGCCAUGCAUCUGAACAAGGACAUCCUGCAGCUGCCUGUGUUUGAGCGAGCCAGCAGAGGGUGCUUGCGCUCCCUCUCCCUGCACGUCAAGACUUCUUUCUGUGCACCUGGGGAAUACCUUAUACGCCAUGGAGAUGCCCUGCAAGCUAAUUAUUUUGUCUGUUCUGGCUCCCUGGAGGUUCUGAAAGAUGGCAUGGUUCUGGCCAUUCUGGGAAAAGGUGAUCUCAUUGGCGCUGACCUGCCGGAUCUUGACCAGGUGAUCAAGACCAAUGCAGACGUGAAGGCGCUGACCUACUGCGACCUCCAGUACAUCAGUGUUAAGGCUUUGUGGGAAGUCCUCCGGCUCUAUCCGGAGUACGGCAGCCGGUUCAGCUCUGACAUCAACCACAACCUCACCUACAACCUGAGAGAGGGCAGUGAAGCUGACGGAGUAACGAAGCUUGCAUGGUCUUCAAGGCUUUCUCAGGGUCAUACUUCUAUGGACCAUAAGCUGCCCUAUAUCGUUGAGGCAGAUGAUGGUGAACGUGGUGAAGACGUGAGACACCAUCAGCAGAGGAAAGUGCCUCUGUUACAUGGAGUGGGCAGCCCUGUGCAUCAGCCCUGCCUCAGCACCAUGUUAGGAGAGGAGCUCCACCACAUCAGUGCACUCCGCAACUGUGGGUCCCCUGUUCAGGGCGGUAGAAGCCACAGCCCCUUUCAUCUGUCAUUCACCAAUCAGGAGCUCUCUCCUUCUCCUGUGCCCAGUCUAAGCAGCGACCAGACCAUGAACCAGCGGCCCGCCAAUCUACUAAUGCCAUCCUUGAAUUGUCUUAGCCCACCUAGCCUUAGCCCCAGGGUCGUGGAUGGAAUUGAGGACAAUGGUCAUGCAUUUCAAUUUAAUGUAGAGCACAGGGAGACAAAGACUAACGUACCAGACCAGUUCCAAGUGAGUGCUCACCUGCUUCUGGAGACAGAGGAAGUGAGACAGAACAUCAGCAAAUUGAACAAAGAGGUGAGCACCCUGAACCAGGAAGUGACCAACCUGGCCAAGGAGCUCCACGACAUAAUGCAUUUCCUACAGUCUCAAAUGUCCAUGCACCAUGCCCCUCCUGUCUCCUAUGGCAUGCAAAGGGUUCCCAGUCCUAGUGUGAGUGCUUCCAGCAACUGGCAGCCCCACAUCCCUUUAAAUAUUGCCACCGGUCUGCACCUCCAUCAUGAAGCUAUUAGCUACCCUGCCAGAAAUGUGUGGGGCUGCAGUGGUAUCCCCUCUCAGGGUAUUAGCCCAACCUUGCUGCACUCUUCCAGCCCUGUGUCAUCCUGUCUACACCUGUGCUGCUCUGACAGGAAAGGGGCCACAGCCCAUAGGUUCCAAAGCCAGUGUGGACCCUUUCAAACGUCGAGAACAACUCCAAACUCUCCGUACAUGACCCACCCACAUGCCCGGGGCGGUCCAUCCCUCCUAGGCCCCAGCCCUUCCUUCAGUAGCUUCCCGGUGGUUUGUCAGGCCCCACAAGUCCAAUACAAUGCCUCUAUGGCAACAAUGAGCUACACACACCCUCUAUGUUCCUCUGUAAAUUCUGGCUUCUCCCAUCCAUCUCUGGGUGUUCAAACCAACUCUGGCCCCACAUAUAAUCAGACACCCAUACAUUCUUCCAUGUCUUACACUGGCCCGCUGCAGUAUCACACUACCUUCAGCACUCUCACUCCGUCAGUAGUCCACCCUUCAACAUGCACAGGGCACAGCCAGUACCACCAGGGCUCUGUCAAUGGCCCAAGGCAAAAUGACCUAGUUGGAUCCAGCCCUACCCACCUCCCACAGGACCCUCCUUGUUCUCUAACGGGGCCAGCAACAGACAGAGACUGCAGAGCUUCACUGUAUCAUGAGAGGACGAACAGUAUUGAAUCUCAGGAUAUGAGCUGCAGUACUCCACCUGUAGAAGUUCAAUCAUCUCUCUUGGAUGUAGAAGACAUAUAAAGCCCAUACUGGUGGCUUUAGUAUCUUGUAUAUGUGUUAUAAUGAUGACUUAAUUGUUCAUUUAAAACUUUUGGGGCAAAGUUACCAUCAAAUAAAAUGCUCCCUGCUCCCUCCACCAAGACAUGUACUACACACUCUCUUCAGGGUUCAAAAGUAUUUAGAUAUUUAUGUUAUCAGGUACACUAGAUAAGGAUUAGCAGGAGGUAGAAUUAUUGUACAUUUUUCAUUAUAGGAUAAUAUGUUGCUCAGGUUUGAAUUGUAAGUUAUGAUCCACAGGGAUGAGGCGCCACACAGUGGAGACAGUGUGUAACAAAAGGCGGAUCUUUUAUCACACAACACAGAGGAAAUAACAUGAACAUGAUACUCUUUCUGAAACUGAUGAACUGAAGAAAGGAGCACAACUGUACAUUUAAUGAAGAGAAUCACAACAGUUUGCACUAUACAUAUGUACAGUGUGUUAUUUUGAUAAUAUGUUUUGUUUCAUUCUGUUUUGCCUUUAUAGAAACAUACAUGCGCACUUAUCAGACCAGAGCUCGAUUAUGGGCUUUGCUGUAUGUGCUUUAAAAUAUUUUUUAUUUUAAAGUUAUAUUUAUUUAUCUUAAAAACAAGUAAUGCAGUAAUGUAUUUUCUUAAACAAUACCAGUGUUGUUUCACAGCACUUCUUCAAAAUUAAAACAUACUCAGCAGGACUUUUUAUAGGGAAUGAAAUACUCCCUUUAUAGUAGCCUACAUAUCAAGGAGGGGGCAAUAUACCUAAAUAUAUAUUGGAUUUUAGUGCUCCAGUAUUCCAUUCCUGAGGGUGUGACAUUUUUAUCCUGAUGAACAAUUUAGGCAACUACAACUUUUGGUGAUAAUAGGAACAUUUUACACACACUGUAAUCCCUCCCUAGGUGUCAUUUGUUAACCUCACACUACUAGUCCUCACCAACAAGAGCAUGUGUUCUUGAUAGGGUAAAGCACUGCAUACAAGCCCUUAUGUAACCCUGAAGCAUUUUACAUGAAAUCCUGACUUCAUUGGUGUAUAACAGGUGUUAGCUGUAAUUCUGAUGAACAGUAGUGUUAGGUAUAAAAACAGACAGGCCAAUGUCGAAGAAGGGAAUGCAUCUUUUUGUACAGGAGACAAAUAACAGUUUAUAAGAUCUAACCUUCCACAACGUCUGACUAGCUCUCUUCCUCAAAUCAGCUGUUGCAUAAGCUCAUCAGACGAGAACAUCCCCUGGAUCAUAAUGUUCAAUAGAAACAUGCUGAUAAACAUGAAGUCUGAUUAAUUACAUUAUCACUAAUUAUCUACAUAAUUUAAGGCUGCAUGCAUCAUUGUGUCAACUUGCCAUUGUAAAUGUUUAUCA